CGCAGCGCCCGUUCUGCUUCCUGUCGGGGCCGCUGCUGCCGGAGAGUGAGGCCGGGGGGGCGCUCGGGGCGGGGGGCACGGCGCGUCCCCGCGGUCCGCACGUCCCGUGUCCCCACGUCCCGUGUCCCCCCAGGCCGCCAUGAGCCUGCAGUGGACGGUGGUGGCCACGUUCCUGUACGCGGAGGUGUUCCUGGUGCUGCUGCUCUGCGUGCCCUUCGUGUCGGCGGCCAGGUGGCAGCGGAUCUUCCGCUCGCGGCUGGUGGGCCUGGCCGUGGCCCGCGGGAACACGGCGUUCCUCGUGCUCAUCGCCGUGCUGGUGCUGCUGCUGCUCGACGCGCUCCGCGAGACGCAGCGCUACGGCGCCCCGGAGCGCCCGGCCCCGCGCGGCCCCGGCGCCAGCGAGCACGUCCACAUGAAGCUCUUCCGCGCCCAGCGCAACCUCUACGUGGCCGGGUUCUCGCUGCUGCUGGCCUUCCUCGUGCGCCGGCUGGUGACGCUGAUCUCGCAGCAGGCCGUGCUGGGCGCCGCCAGCGAGGCGUUCCGCAAGCAGGCCGAGGGCGCCAGCCGCGCCGCCCGGCGCUACAUGGAGGACAACGACGCGCUCAGGAAGCAGCUGCAGGAUGGGGGGGGUGACAGCGCAGCGCCGUCCCCCGAGGAGAACGAGUCGCUCAAGGCCAAAGUGGAGAAGCUGAAGGAGGAGCUGGCGGCCAGCAAGCGCACUCUGGAGAAGGCGGGAGAACGAGGUGCAGGCCAUGCGGCGCCAGGCCGAGGGGCUGACGCGCGAGUACGACCGGCUGCUGGAGCAGCACGCGCGCCUGCAGGCAGCACACGAUGGGCCCCGGGACAAGAAAGAGGAGUGAGACCGGGCCCCGCCCCCCCGGACAAGCCACACCCAGCGGACCAGGCCCCGCCUGACAAGCCACGCCCAGCGGACCAGGCCCUGCCCCCCGACAAGCCACGCCCAGCAGACCAGGCCCCACCCCCCGGACAAGCCACGCCCAGCAGACCAGGCCCCACCCCUGCACCCCCAGCCUCAGGGCAGUGGGCAGGAUUUGGUACAGGGUGGUUUUGGGGACCCUCCCAGCCACCCCCCCGCCCCGAAGUUGGGGGACCCCCAGCUCUGGGGGGGGGGGGUGCUGAGCCCCUUUUCUGGGGGGCUGAGACUCCCUGCUCCCCCCAUCUUCCGUUUCAAUAAACACAGCCCCGCCCCAAAGCCA